CAGCCGCCGCCGGGCGGGGCGCUCCGGGCGGAAAUGCGCGCACGCGCCAAGAUGGCGGCGCCCGCCUCUCCCGGGCAGCGGCGCCAGGGCGCGAUGUAGCGCCGUUCCUCCGCCAUGCCCAAGUACUACGAGGAAAAGGAGGAGGACGGGCGGGCCUGCGGCGGGGUGCGGGAGGACUUGCGGCAGUGCCUGCUGGAGAGCCCCUGCGUCCUGCAGGAAAACAAAAGCCCCAAGCAAUGCUUGAGGGAGGGGCACUGUAAAAGUUUGCAGCUCACCUUUUUUGCGUGCAAAAGAUCGAUGUUGGAUGCCAGGACAAGAUUCAGAGGAAGGAAGGGAUACUGAAGUCCUUGGAAGAGACCCUGUUGUGGGAAACUGGAGUUCAUCAGCACUUUAACUGGAGCAGGGGCUAAAGUAAGAAGACUGUAUCUACUGCAUCCUUUUGUGCAGUACUUUCAUGGAAGGUAUCAACUUCUGGAAAUUCUGGCAGAUGCCUGGAUGAUGUGCAUUUAAAUGUUAAAAAGAAGGGAAGCAUAAAGCUGCAAGUUCUGGCCAAAAUGGGUACCUGCCACGUGCUUGUAAUAAAAUAACCCAGAAUCCAAAAAAAGCUGCAGAAGUUAUCACUGUGUUUUGAAGUGAAGUUGUCUUUUGCAGUUAUACUAAUUCUGAUAAUAUUUUACAAUUACAAGUAAUAGGAAAUUAUGGAAUUUGUCUUGAGUGGUGUGCCAGAGGAUACCUCAGGGUAGAGCUGUCCCUAGAGAAGCUGAGUUGCCCAAGGUGACGUGUGCGAGUUGCUUUCUUCCCAUUCAGUUUAUUGCCCAAUACUCCUGCACUAACAGGGAGAAGUGGUGAUGUGUUUACAGUGCCACGCACACAAGGAUGGUAUCUCUUUCCUCGUGAUACGAAUUCCUUUCAGUAUGAUUUGUGCAUGCUUAUUAACAUGGUCUAGUUUCAUUGGACAACUGGGUUAAAAUUUGAUUUCUCUAUAUUAAAGAAUGUUUGAUCAAUCUUACAGUAA